AUGGGUUUCUGGGACAAGAACGAGGACAAUUACCAGAGGGUCUACGAGAAAGAAAACUUUGAGGAACACAAGUCCAGCUUGGGCCAUGAGAUGAUUGCUGGAGGAGCAGCCUUUGCAGGUUUCAAGGCUUUUGAAGACCACCAGCGCAAAGAGGGCAAGCCGGUAUCACAUCAAUUCGCCAAAGAACUGCUUGCAGGUUUUGCAGGUGCUGAGAUCGACAAGCUUGCCGAGACCAAGGGAGCAGACUGGUUCGACCAGGAGAAGGCAAAGCGCGACGCGAAAGAGCACGCUGAGCGCAUGUACGACGAGCACUACAUUGAUAACCAUGGAGCGGACCAAUACGACCCCAACCAAUACCGUGCGCCGGAGAGUUUGCAAAGUGAGACAAGAAAACUGCGCGCAUGGCCACGCACGGCUGCUGACUGUGACAGGGAACUCGAGCGCGAUCUUGUGCCGGAGUGGAGGCUCAAGUAUUUGGAUUACAAGCUGGGCAAAAAGAAGCUCAAGGCCAUCGACCGCGCCCUCCGCCAUGUGGAAUCGACCCCCCGACUGCGCCGACGUGGUGUUGCUAGUGUACUGCCGUCGCCGUUGGACGCCGCGCCCAAGUACACGUACCUGAACCGGGAGCACACGCACCAGGGCAAUGCCCGAGAUACAGAAGACCUGAGGGCGCUCGCUAUUACCAAUACGCGCAGCCGGAACAGCUUGCAGCGGAGGACGGACGGUGGCCAGGCCAGUCAGGGCAGUCAGCUCGGCCGCACGCCCGAGGAAGAACCCUUGAACCAGGGACGACGCGAGCUCUCCUACCUGGGCAGUAGCUAUGGCAGCUUCGCCGCUACCAGCCCUCCCAAUGGUACACAAAAAGGCUUUACGGGCAAGAGCAAAGCCCCGCCAUCCUUGAAGCUGCCCGGCGCUGCCCUUGACCCAGAGAAUGUCUCUCCCCACGUUGGCUUCUCCCGCGAACCCCUUACCAAGGCAAAGACUGUGACGCUGCCGCCACCCGCAGAGCCAGAGACGGAUAACGCUUUCGAGGUGGGCAAGACGAGGGCACCCCAAAAGAGUCACCACUCCUUACCCGCAAAGUACAAGAGCGUCUUCAGUCCCAAGCGCAUGAACUCGACGCCGGGGCCUGUCAAUUCGUCCCACCCACGACCCUCAGUACGCCGCCUGUUCUCCGCCAGCAACAAGACCCCUCCAGCUAGCCCAAGCGAUGUGCCGCUUGAAGCAUAUCGUGACUUCGACUUCCGUCAGGCUGAGUUCUUCAACUUCCUCGACGGCGAGCUGGACAAGAUUGAGAGGUUCUACAAACAAAAGGAAGAUGAAGCCACCGAUCGUCUGGCUGUCCUGCGCGACCAGCUUCACAUCAUGAGAGACCGCCGCAUCGAUGAUAUCAUCCAACGACAAACCGACAAAAUCAAUGCCAAGAUGCACAAGAAACACGAAGAUGACCAUCUCCUCAAUGGAGGUCAAGAUAGCAGCCGAGGCGAGGAAGUUCAGCACAGCUGGGUCAACAGCAACGUGCUGAAGGAUACACUCAUGAGCCCUAUCGACGCUGCAUUCGAAGCCAUCAAUGCGGGCAAGUACGGGAAGAGCACCAAGAACAUUGCUCAACUCACGACACCAGCUGCGCUCCGACCUAGAGAUCAUCCGGACAGCCGCCGUGACUUUGCUCGUCGCCCCGAACUGCCAGAGGUGCCUUACAAGACAGCCAAGCGGAAACUCAAGAUAGCGCUCCAGGAAUACUAUCGUGGACUGGAAUUGCUCAAAGCCUACGCCUUGCUCAAUCGCACUGCCUUCCGCAAAAUCAACAAAAAGUACGAUAAGACUGUGAAUGCACGUCCAACAUCUCGCUACAUGAAUGAGAAAGUGAACCAAGCCUGGUUCGUCAACAGCGAUGUGAUUGAGGGACACAUUCGAACAGUCGAAGAUCUAUAUGCAAGAUACUUUGAAAAGGGCAACCACAAGGUUGCCGUCAACAAGCUGCGCGUCAAGACCGCACGUGCCGGUGACUAUACCGACAAUACCUUCCGCAACGGCCUUUUGCUGGCCGCAGGUACCAUACUGGCCCUCCAGGGUAUUAUCAAGGCAAACAGCAUAGCCGACUUGUAUGACCCAAGCCCAAGCAUAUUAGCUGUAGAUACGAGCUAUUUACUACAGAUCUAUGCCGGAUACUUCAUUAUCAACUUCCUUACGCUACUCUUCUGUCUGGCGUGCCGUGUUUGGCACGAGAACAAGAUCAAUUACGUUUUUAUCUUCGAAUAUGAUACCCGCCACCAUUUGGAUUGGAGGCAACUUGCAGAGUGGCGGUUGAUACUUGCUGGUGUGUAUCCCGUUGAAUGGCGAGACUUUUACAUGGGUGAUAUGUUUUGUUCCUUGACGUACAGCAUGAGCAAUAUCGCCAUGUUCUUCUGCCUAUACGCACAAGACUGGAACUACCCGCCGCAAUGCAACUCGUCUCAUCUGCGCGUCACUGGUUUUCUUUCUGCGCUUCCCGGUGUGUGGAGAUUGCUACAGUGCCUCCGACGAUACAAGGACACUGGUAACAAAUUUCCCCAUCUGUUGAACGGUGGAAAGUAUACGGCCACCAUUUUGUUCAAUGCAACGCUCAGUAUUCAUCGUAUGGAUAGCCGGACCUCAACCAAGGCUGCGUACAUUACCUUUGGAAUCAUCAACGGUAUUUAUACGAGUUUCUGGGACAUUUACUAUGAUUGGAGUCUUGGCGAUCCUCGUGCAAAGUACCCCUUUUUGCGGAAAGAGCUGGGGUAUAAGAAGGCCUGGUGGUACUACACAGCCAUGUGCAUUGAUCCAAUUCUGCGGAAUAUUUGGGUCUUGUACACGAUUGUGCCGCUCCAGAAUUCACAUCCCGCAGUGAUGUCGUUUGUGGUUUCACUUUUGGAGGUACUGCGAAGAGGCAUGUGGUCAGUGUUCCGUGUAGAGAACGAGCACUGUACCAACGUCGGGCGGUUCCGUGCUAGCCGCGAUGUUCCUCUGCCAUACUAUGUUCCUUCGUCUGCGGAAGUGGAAGAAGACCACUCAUCUGGUAUUCCUCGUGCACCAACGCAAGUUGACGAAGAACAGCCUGGCGAGGGACAGCCACCAACGCCAACUGAAGCCAGUCUACGUCGCCCGGCUACGGCUACAGGCUCAGAAGUAGAUGACCCGCAGGCGUUUGCCCGCAAGCGCCGUGGUGUCCAAGACGAAUUCCGCCCCUCGCCCUUGCAGCGCGCAUUCACACAUGUUGGCGAUAUUUUCCGCGAUGCCCACGCUCAGGACUUUGAGCGCAAGUUGAAGCCGGAACUCGGCCGGGACCCGCGCAAUAGCAGCAAGAUGGACGAUGAUAGCGAUGACGAGUCAGACAAUGACGAGGAAGCAGGUGAGCUUGUCAAUAGCAGUGGCAGUAACAGCGAUGGUGCGAGGAGUAGAGAUAGCGACGGCGAGGACGAUGUGGAAGACGAGGUGCAUGAUGGGGAAGAAAUGAGUGCGCUGGCGAGGAUCCGAGAGGACUUUGCCGUGGGUGUGACGGGGGCACAUUCUGAUGGGACAGAUCUUACUUGA